CACUUAAAAUAAUUGGAUGUUUUUCUAUCAACUCUUCUAUUUUUGUCUCGCAAUGUGCUACCGACUUUUAUAGGUUAGACCGAUUCAUACAGACUUUUGCUUUGGUUUAAAAUGAAGACCCCCACCCCCACAAGUAGACAGUGGAAUUGGUCUUCCAAAUUGCUUUGGUUUAAAAUGUGCUAACCCUAAUUCCUCUUUCACCCCUUUUACAUUCUCUAGGCUCACAUACUAUUCCCAUCACAACCAGUGAAGCAGCCAUGGCAGAUUGGUCUCAGCUUCCAAAAGAUCUUCUGCAAUUAAUAUCCCAAAAACUGAACAGUGAUUUCUACAUUCUUCGUUUUCGUUCUGUCUGUUCCACCUGGCGACUUUCCAUACCUAAACUCUACAAUGACAUCAUGUUUCUCAUCAAACCACCCGUAACACCAAACGAACAAACUCUCCGCCCAUGGUUGGUCAGAAUCAGUCCAACUUCUACCGGAAAGUUUAACCUCUGCCACCCUCUUUUACGUGACAGUCUUAAUAUACCUUCUGAUCCGCCCAUGCUCGACUUCAACCAACUCUCUGUCUUUGAUGUCGGACAGAUUUAUAUUCUGGGGAUUUUAUUUCCAAAUUCAUCUAGCACUUCAUACUCUCAUUAUGGUUGCUGUGUUGUUAGGUUUGAGGGGGAACAGAUUCCGAAUAUUGUCACAUACGAUAGUGACUCCAUGGGGAUGGUGAUGUUCCGUUGCGGAGGUGAUGGUUCGACUAAGAUCCCCAAUGUGGCACCAUACUACCGAGGCAUGUGCGUUUUUAAAGGCAGGCCUUGUCUAACUGAAAUUACUGGUCGGACUGUGAUGAUUGAAUCAGAUUUGAGCGUUCAUUUGGUGGCUGAGCCUGUGUUUGGUGACGAUGCCUAUGUCACUGGCAUUUACAUUAUGGUGGAAAAUGAGUCUGACUUGUUGCUUGUUCACAAAUAUACAGAAGAUUAUGAUAUUGAUGAUGAGCUUGUAAUGUUUGAUGUAUUUAGGCUUGACCAGAGAGAGAAAAAGUGGCUGAAGUUGGAAAAUUUAGGGGAUAUGGUUUUGUUUUUGGGACAAGGCUGUUCGCUUGCUAUAUCGGCGUCGGAUUUGGGUAUUAACGGUGGGAAUUGUGUGAUUUAUUGUAGCUAUUUACGUUGCAAAAUGAGGAUUUUUCCCUUGGAUCAACACCGGACUUUUCCUUUGUCUGAUUAUCCAGAUUAUUUGAAGUUGUUCUGGCCACCUCCGGAAUGGAUCGUCAGUGUAGAUUUGAGCGUUGAUUUGGUGGCUGAGUCGGUGUUUGGUGGAGAUAUUGAUGGCGACGUUAAAAUUAUGGUGGAAAAUGUGUCUGAGUUGUUUCUAGUUCACAAAUAUUUAGAAGAUUAUGAUUAUGAUGCAGAUGAUUAUUGUAAAGAUGAGCUUGUAAGAAUUGAUGUGUUUAGGCUUGAUCAGAAAGAGAAAAAGUGGCUGAAGUUGGAAAAUUUAGGGGAUAAGGUUUUGUUUUUGGGGAAAAGCUAUUCAUUCACUGCUUCUGCAUCAGAUUUAGGUUUUGACAAUGGGAAUUUUGUGAUUUAUCGUAACGAUAAUGAUAAUCUUUCUGGAGAUUGUGAAUUGAGUGUUUUUCUCAUGGACCAACAACGGACUUUUGAGUUGUCUGACUAUCGAGAUUAUAUCAAGUUGUUCUGGCCAUUUCCAGAUUGGAUCUUCAUCAAGAAAGAUUGUCCUAAAAAAGGAAACAAGGGUGAUUAUGUUCAGAUUGUGAUUUCCUCAGAUGAUGAUGGUUAUGAAAGUGCUAGAGCACUAGUGCUUAGUUGGUCCGAAUCAGUCCCCUUGAAGCUCCCGCUCUUUUUCGAACAGGAAAAACUCUACAAAUACAGCAUCUUUCUCAUCAAAUCACCCGUAACAUCCAACCAACAAACUCUCCGCCAUUGGUUGAUCAGAAUCAGUCCAACUUCAUCUGAAAAGUUUAACCUAUGGCAUCCCCUUUUACGUGACAGUCUAAAUAUACCUUCCGAUCCGCACGUGCUCGACUUCAGCCAACUCUCUGUUUUUAAUAUUGAACAGAUUUAUAUCCAGGGGUUGUUAUUUCCAAAUUCAUUUAUCACUUCACUUUCUUAUCAUGGUCGCUCUCUUGUUACGUUUGAGGGGGAACAUAAUCUGAAUAUUCUCACACAAGAUAAUAACUCCUGGAGUAUGGUAAUGUUCCGUUGCGGAGGUGAUGGUUUGACUAAGAUCCCCAAUGUGGCACCAUACUACCAAGGCAUGUGCAUUUUUAAAGGCCGACCUUGUCUAACUGACAAUACUGGUCGGACUGUGAUGAUUGGAUCAGAUUUGAGCCUUCAUUUGGCGGCUGAGCCUGGGUUUCGUGGCAAUAUCAAUGGCGAAAUUUACAUUAUGGUGGAAAAUGAGUCCGAGUUGUUGCUUGUUCACAAAUAUGAAGUGUAUUAUGAUUGUGAGGAUGAUUAUGAUGAUGAUGAGUUUCUAAGGUUUGAAGUAUUUAGGCUUGACCAGAGAGAGAAAAAGUGGGUCAAGUUGGAAAAUUUAGGAGAUAAGGUUUUGUUUUUGGGACCAGGCUAUUCGUUUGCUAUAUCGGCGUCGGAUUUGGGUUUGGAUAAUGGGAAUUCUGUGAUUUAUUGUAGCUAUGAUCGUAACAAUGAAAUUAGGGUUUUUCCCUUGGACCAACAACAGACUUUUCCUUUGUCUGAUUAUCCAGAUUAUGUCAAGUUGUUCUGGCCACAAAGUAAGUUAUUUGCAUUGAAAUUUUCUAAUGUAAUAGUGAUUGAUAGUGUAUUAAACUGGGUCUACUACUUAUGA